UAAGCAAAAUAAUAACAACGUUGCCAACGCCAUCUGUUCUCCUGUUGAAAUUCAACAGUUGAAUGGGCUGUGAAAUUUUUAAUUAAUUUUAGGGUCUAGAUAUCAUGAAGUUUAUCUAAUUCUGAGAGCUGUUUAUCAAAUGUUAAAUUUUUAUUCAGUGCAUCCAACUGAACAUUACUUUAGUAUUGGAUCAUCGUAUUUAUUUAGAUUAAAUAUAUUUUAGGGUUUUAGUUAUUUUAUUUAUCCUAAAUGACUUCAACUUGACUUGGUUACACUUGGACCUUCAUUCAAUCUUUCACCUGAACCAUGGCUAUUCUCUGUGUUAAUCUCUUCUACAAGGUGCUUAUUGACUGUUCCUUGGCAAUUCUCGCUUUCUUGCCUUAUCUAAUAACUCAAUUUGGUAGAACGCCUUAUCGUCGAGGUUUCUUUUGUGAUGAUGAAUCCAUCCGCUAUCCAGACAAACCUGAAACUGUUGGUCAAACAGAGCUUUAUUUAGUGUCCAUUCCUCUAGUGCUUAUAAUUGUUCUUGUUACAGAGUAUACCAGACUACCAUCAAUGGUUCGAGGGAAACAAGCACUGCAACAGUGCUUACUUACGAGUUACCAUGUUUGCAUUUUCUUUGUCUUUGGAGCCGUUUCAAUUCUUUCAUUAGUCUCAGUGGCAAAGUAUACUGUUGGACGAUUGAGACCAAAUUUCAUAGAAGCUUGUAAACCUAAUAUUUCCUGUGCAGAUCGAGAUCCACAUGAGUACAUAGAAAACUACACCUGUCAAAACGAAGUCGAUGAUUUAAGAAUGUCCUUUUUCUCUGGUCAUUCAUCAUGGUCCGCUUUUUGUGCUGUUUUCAUUGCGAUGUAUCUUCAAGCCAGAGUUCGUUCACCAAAAUUGGUACUCUUUAAGUCGCUAUUGCAGUCAUUAGUUUUUUACUUGGCAUUUUAUACAGCCUUAACAAGAAUCUCAGAUUACAAACAUCAUCCUUCGGACGUCGCAACUGGUCUAUUUUUGGGCGCAUUAGCCGCCUAUCUGACCAUUACCUGGGCUGCAGGUGGUUUGAAAUUGACAACUUGGGGCUGUUUAAUGUCGCGACAGAAUUCCGAGGAUAAUUCACUUCUUCAAGAAAAUAACCAAAUCUCAUACGAGUCAAUUGAAUCUGAAAACAGAGAAUAAAUGCUAGUCGAAAAACAGUAAUUUUUAAUCUUGAUUCAGCUUCUUGAUUAUCAUGCAAAAAGGUACUGUUUUUUGUAUUUUAAUAAUUUGUGUUAAAUAAAAUCAAGCGAAAAGUCCUCUAAA